AUGGCAAUUAGAGCAGCUGGUACAUACGUUUCUAAGAGUAAAGGAGCCAAGAAGGGAAAGAGUAGAGGCAAGGAAAAUAGGUUUAACAAAAAUAAGUUCUUCAAUCUGACAUCAAGACUGUUUCCGGUUACCAACCAUGGAGAAACCAGUCAUCCUAAGAUGAGAUCUAGACAGGAUUUGACCCCAUUGCUUAUUGGAAGAACGUUUUCAGUCAACCAAGGAGAUUUAGAAUGUGCGGAUCCUUUGCAGGCCAUCAACAGCCAGAGGAAUUUUGACUUUAAAGUGAAUAAAGUCCGAGGACACGACUGUUUGAGUGUGUUCAAUGGAAUGGAAGUUGCUAGGGAAAAGGUAGCAGGAAUGAUACGAAAGUGGCAUACCCUUAUCGAGGCCGAUGUGGAAAUUGCCACGAAGGAUCAGAGUACCUGGAGAUUUUUCGUAAAUGCAGUAACCAAGAGAGGAGUAUCGAAGUCUCAGAAGAACUAUGCCAAAACAUCCGAAGUUAAGGAGAUUAGGAAAAUUAUAGUAGAAAUAGUAAAGGAGCAAGCUGAGGGUCUUGAGGUAGAAAAGAUGGUUAAACUAUUAUCUACAGAUGCGAUCUCACGUGAGAUUGAAUCUAGAUGCAGUCAUAUCUACCCGAUAACGGCCUUGCUCAGAAAGGUAAAACCCAUUAAGAAUAUGCAAUGUAUCGUUAAGCCAAAACAGUCCUCUGAUUUGGGAGAGGAGGAGUCUUUGGAGAAUGAAUUUCAUGAAUCCGAUGAGGAAUAA